AUGAUUCAAAAAAUGAGCCCAAGCUUAAGGAGGCCAUCAACGAGGUCUAGUUCUGGUUCAAGUAAUAUCCCACAAUCGCCCUCUGUACGAUCAACUUCAUCGUUUUCUAAUCUGACAAGAAACUCCAUACGGAGCACCUCUAAUUCGGGUUCUCAGUCGAUUUCUGCAUCUUCCACUAGAAGUAACUCCCCACUAAGAUCCGUAUCAGCCAAAUCCGAUCCCUUCCUUCACCCAGGUAGGAUAAGGAUCAGGCGGAGCGACAGUAUUAACAACAACUCGAGAAAAAACGAUACAUAUACUGGGUCAAUCACUGUGACCAUCCGGCCGAAACCACGGAGCGUUGGAACUUCCCGUGACCAUGUGGGGCUAAAAUCGCCCAGGUACUCUCAACCAAGAUCCAACUCACAUCACGGUAGCAAUACAUUUGUUAGAGACCCCUGGUUUAUUACUAAUGACAAAACAAUAGUGCAUGAAGAAAUUGGAGAGUUCAAGUUCGAUCAUGUUUUUGCUUCCCAUUGCACUAAUUUGGAAGUUUAUGAAAGAACCAGUAAACCAAUGAUUGAUAAGUUAUUGAUGGGGUUUAAUGCCACCAUAUUUGCGUACGGUAUGACCGGGUCAGGUAAAACGUUUACAAUGAGCGGAAAUGAACAAGAGCUAGGCCUAAUUCCUUUAUCUGUGUCGUAUUUAUUUACCAAUAUCAUGGAACAAUCAAUGAAUGGCGAUAAAAAGUUCGACGUUAUAAUAUCGUACCUCGAAAUUUACAAUGAAAGGAUUUACGACCUGUUAGAAAGCGGAUUAGAAGAAUCCGGUAGUAGAAUCAGUACUCCUUCAAGGUUAUAUAUGAGCAAGAGCAACAGCAAUGGAUUGGGCGUAGAAUUAAAAAUCAGAGAUGACUCUCAGUAUGGGGUCAAAGUUAUCGGUCUCACCGAAAGAAGAUGUGAAAGUAGUGAAGAAUUAUUGAGGUGGAUUGCAGUUGGUGACAAAAGUAGGAAAAUUGGCGAAACUGACUACAAUGCAAGAAGCUCACGAUCUCAUGCCAUUGUACUGAUUCGUUUAACAAGUACUAACGUAAAGAACGGCACCUCAAGAUCGAGUACAUUGUCGUUGUGUGACCUAGCAGGUUCGGAAAGGGCUACGGGGCAACAAGAGAGGAGAAAGGAAGGUUCAUUCAUCAACAAAUCCUUACUUGCUUUGGGGACUGUGAUAUCCAAACUCAGUGCCGACAAGAUGAACUCAGUAGGCUCAAACAUUCCCUCGCCAUCUGCAAGUGGCAGUAGCAGCAGUAGUGGAAAUGCUACCAAUAACGGCACUAGCCCAAGCAACCACAUUCCAUAUCGUGAUUCUAAAUUGACUAGAUUAUUGCAGCCGGCACUAAGCGGUGACAGCAUAGUGACAACGAUAUGUACAGUCGACACCAGAAAUGAUGCGGCAGCGGAAACUAUGAAUACGCUGAGGUUUGCAUCAAGAGCGAAAAACGUCGCACUUCAUGUAUCCAAAAAAUCCAUCAUCAGUAACGGGAAUAACGAUGGAGAUAAAGAUCGCACCAUUGAGCUACUGAGACGCCAAUUGGAAGAACAACGUAGGAUGAUCUCUGAAUUGAAGAACCGUUCAAACAUUGGCGAGCCCUUAACCAAAUCUUCCAAUGAAAGUACUUAUAAAGACAUUAAAGCCACCGGCAAUGAUGGUGAUCCGAAUUUGGCUCUAAUGAGAGCGGAGAAUCGAGUAUUAAAAUAUAAACUAGAGAAUUGUGAAAAACUACUAGAUAAAGAUGUGGUUGAUUUGCAAGAUUCUGAGAUUAUGGAAAUUGUAGAAAUGCUUCCCUUUGAGGUCGGCACCCUUUUGGAAACAAAGUUCCAAGGUUUGGAAUCACAAAUAAGGCAAUAUAGGAAAUACACUCAAAAACUUGAAGACAAGAUCAUGGCGCUAGAAAAAAGUGGUCAUACUGCAAUGUCGCUAACUGGGUGUGACGGCACUGAAGUGAUCGAAUUACAGAAGAUGCUCGAGAGGAAGGAUAAAAUGAUUGAGGCCCUGCAGAGUGCCAAACGACUGCGGGAUAGGGCUUUGAAACCACUCAUUAAUACACAGCAAUCACCGCACCCUGUCGUGGAUAACGAUAAAUGA